UCAAAGCGUUAAAUAAUGGAAUCAAUUAAUAUUCUUUAAGGGGAACUGAUCUAACAAAGCACUUGAAGAAAAAACAUGAAGUCACUUCCACCACUUCCAGGUUUCGGUAUAGUAGAGAUUCAUCUACAGGGUUCUAUAGAGCUCAGCUUAUUAGAUUUGAAAUGCAGGAGAAUGGUGAGGAAGAUGACCCGGAGGAGAUGGAACCUGUUCCCUCCCUACCAACAUCAUCUAUCAGAACUGUAUCCCCUGAAAUGAGUGAAAUCUUCUCAACUCAACAAUCAUCUCCGUUUAUUCCACCAUCCUCUGCUCUAUCAACCUCAUCCUCACCCUUCCUGUAUCAUCCUCCACAAACAUCCUCCCCUUAUCCUCCAUAUGUCGAAGUUUACCUCUCCGCCCAAGGUUCUUCUUUUGGGAGUGGUCGGAGCUCUCCUACCCUCGCUUCAACUCAAUCCUCUACUCCUGGUUAUGAAUAUACAGAGAUGGCUGAUCUCCGGGUACAUAGUUUCACAGCAUCCUCUCCAAUGCAUAGAACCAACUUGAGGAGUGAAGAGGUGGACAUCACUAAUGAACUGUUUGGAACUAAGGACCAGGAUCAGAACUGGAAACGGACUGGGGACGGGGCUGAGGACUGGACUCGGAUCGAAGACGAGCUUGAGAGCCAAGAAGAGGACCAGGAGGAACGAGCAAGAAAGAUUUCCGACCUUAAAGAGAUCGGAGCACAGUUGCCAGAUCUCAAUUCAUUCUUGGCAAUGGUCGGCAGCUUGAUCAAAAACUAGACUAAGCUAAAGUUCAUUUUUUUUUAUCCGUUACAAAUUAUUGAAUAAAAUGGAAAACCUUAAGUUGUCUAAUGUUUAUCAAAAACAAGAAUGUAAAUGCAGACUACACUAAAUAAAUCUAAGAAUUUAUAA